CCAUGGUAACCAUUGUAAAUAACAAUACAAACAUUGCACCAAAAGUGUACAAAUGGAUAAUCUAUCAAAAUUGGGCAUUUACUUUGACGAAAUAGAUAAAGUGAGAAUAUUAGAACCGGAAGUAUCAAACCAAACCAACGAUUUAAAAGAGGAAUGCAAAAUAUACGUUGAAAAAAUCAGUGAAUUUCAAAAGAUAAGUGACGGGUUCUUAUCGAUAACAACAAAUUUGGCCAACGAAGUCGAAAAGCAAAAAAUGAAAGCGAUCGGCGCGCGAAAUUUAUUGCAAAGCAUGACGAAGGAGAAGGAAGCGCAGUGUCAGCAACUUCAAGCUUUAAUAUCGGAAAAAUCGAUGGAGCUGGAAAGGUUAAAGGUUCAACUUACUUCCCUUCAAAAAAUCGAAAUGGAGCAGAACGAGAUUAUUAACAGGCUCACACAUUCUCAAUAGACACUACUUAUGUAAAUAUCUUUAUUGUUACUGUUUGUGUAGGGAUGUAAAUAAUACCAAAGGUUAUUAUAGCCCAAAUGGUGUGGAAUAAAUAUUGUCUCAUCACCUACACCUUCCUAUAUGCCAUUGUAAGGGAGGUGGGUAAAGUUGGUGUGAUAGGAAAUUCUACAGUUUGUUUCACAGGAUCUCAAGCAAUUUUUAAAAUUGAUGUUUUUAUAGAGUUCUAGAACAAUCACGAUCACAGUCCAGUCUGCAUUUCAUCUCACCCAAUCCUACCUCUAAUAUUUAUGUAAUUGUUAGUAAUUAGUUUCUAGCCUUUGGCCAUCAAGUACAUCAAAAGAGUUUGAAUACCAAUACCACUUAGCAGUAAAAUAGAAACUAUUAUUUA